AUGCAGGACGUACCAAAUCCAAACCCUUCGAUUGGUACUUCACCUUCCACUGAUCCCGCGUCGUUCGCGUUCUCGUUAGAUGAAUUAGCAAGUGAGAACUUUGACGUUAUUCAGUGGAUAAAUACCUCUUUGCAAUGUAUUUCUUCGGCGAAUCCUGAUGGGGUAGAAACCGAUGCGGAGUUGGAAGGGCGCAUCACAAAUUUGUACGGCAGAUUGCAUUCAUACUCACAGGAGGUUGCAAGUUCUGUUGACGACACUAUCACACAGGCGCUCGUUCGGCUCCCCCGAACUGGGCUGGAAGUCGGCCGUAUGGUUACGGAAGUUCAACAACUUCAACAGGCACUUUGCAAAAUAAGAGAGGAGGCGCAACCAGCGGUAGAAAUGAUCUCCAAACCAUACGUUGCACAGCUCAAUGAUCUGAAGAAAACGCAGAAGAAGCUCAUGCGCUGCUCUGAAACACUUAAGAAGGCAUCGGAAGUUGAUAGCAAUAUGAAGCAAUUGGACGAUAUUAUGGAGAAACUUCGUGUUUCGGUGUCAGAGGUGGACAUAGACUUAGUGGCGGUGUCUAUUAGGGAGGUGCGGCAAAACCUCGCAGACCUUCAGAAAUUAGAGGUAACGUUUGGUGGAAAGCAGCUGGAAGCAGUUGAGAGGCAUGAACAACUCCUGCAACGCGUGGUGGAGACCGAAUGUAUGGAACAGUUACGCCGAAGAGUAGUAGACCGUGCUGCUCAUCUCCUCAAGGUACUUGAUACUAUUGGGAGGGCUGAUGCUGUUCUUCAGCAAUUUUCCGCAGAGAGCAUAGCCUCCGAAAAGGAAAAAGUGUUUUGUCUGCUACAUCACUCUGAGUCAAAAGUUUCAAGGCAUCCAAUUUCUCCCGUGCGUGCGGCAGAGGUGCUGAAAACGCAACUUAUACCUUCCUUAGGAUGUGCACUCACCGACCAGUUAGACUAUUUAAUGCAGUUGGCACAUGUUUACAGCGGUAAUCGCGAUAUCACGGAUAAUGCGGAGAUUUCUGAAGGGCCCGAGUCGCAACCCGUGAAAGUUUUGCGUUUAAUGGCAGAUGAAAUUGUAGAAUGUCUUUCCACUUGCUUAACUCCCAUUUUGCAGUGUGUGGAGAGGAAUCCUGAGCUUAUUUCCUGCUUUGAGGCAGUAAGGCAGCUUAGUAUUAAAAUUGAUUCUACUCCUCCGAAGGUAUGUGUUGGUGCUGAGGACGGAAGAAACGUUAAAAACAGUUUGUGUAGGCGGGACGAUAUUGCAGAGCAAAUUAAUUUUUAUACUCAAACUGAGCUUGCACACAUAUUCGAGCAACCUAAGGUGCUGGAAUCAUUUGCACGGCGAGAAGCAGAGCGCGUGGAAGACCUCUUAAAGGAUUCGCAAUCUAUCAUGAAGUAUGAUCGAUUUCAAGUAGUUAUGAAUGGACUGAUGGAAGCUGUAAAGGCCGUUCUUCAGUUCUUUCCUGACAAAACAUUACCGAUCUGUGUGAGCCGAUGGAAGGUGGCACUCGUCCAGUCGCUGACAUUUUUUCAACCCGCACCUCACACGCACCAGACGGAGUUGUUAGAGCGCCUUUCAGCGUUACGCAAAAUUGUUCAACAAUUGCUUCUGUCUACGCAGAAAAUGUGCGAAGACUAUGUCAAAUCUGCGGAGGUGCGCCGACUACGUCCAACUGAGGUUGAGUCUAUCAAUAGUCAACUAAGUGAACAGCUGUGGCGGCCACUAAACAAUGUACUGGUGAUUUGUGCUGCUGAAUGCCAGCAGGCUAUAAAACAAACUGUCAUUGCUCCCGUUAUUGCCACAGCUGACGGUUAUGAGUCGCAACCACUCUGGAGGUUACAGUCGAGUAACGGAGGAAGCGCUGUGAUUUCCAAUUCUGUGCUACACACGCCAUUACAUCUUGCGCCUAGUGAAAUGGUGCGCGGCUUUGGUGAAGCCAUUGUGGAAAUACCAUUAGCACUCGAAUCAUUACGGGGUGGCAGCGAGGGACGGUUCGACGGCAUUGAAGAGUUACUCGAAGAAGUAACGGAAUAUUGGUUAGAUGAUAUUGUGCGCACGGCGGUAUCGGACUUUAUUGAGUCUAAAGUGGCCAACAUUAUAAUGUGUUUCCCACUUAAUAGCGACGAUGCUGCGGCCCUUGCAGUAGAACAACUUGUAACCGACUUGAGUUAUUUGAAAAGCAUUCUGGCUGCAGUUAGUGAUGAUCCUUUCGAGCGACUGGAAAGCGUUCUCUCCCGAUUAAAAACUGCAAGUAUAAAAUCUGGAAGCACAAUCGCCAUUCGAGAACUUAUAGCUGAACAGGGACAGUCGAAAGAAUAA